AUGGAACUGUACAUCGACACCGCGAAUCUCGAUGAAAUCAAGGAAGCACACGAUCUUGGCGUGCUUGAUGGAGUGACCACGAAUCCAUCAUUGAUCGCGAAAGAGGGCAUCGAUUACGGCAAGCGUCUUGAAGAGAUCUGCGGCGUGGUUUCUGGUCCGGUCUCGGCGGAAGUGAUCGCGCUUGAGUACAAGGAAAUGGUGACCGAGGGCAAGAUGCGAGCGGGGAUCGCGGACAACAUCGUGGUUAAGCUGCCUGUUACCGUUGACGGGCUCAAGGCGUGCAAGGCGCUGAGCGAUGAGGGCAUCCGGACCAACAUGACGCUGUGCUUCCAACCGAUGCAGGCGAUGAUGGUUGCCAAGGCGGGGGCGUACCUGAUCUCGCCGUUUAUUGGUCGUCUGGAUGACAUCUCGCAGGACGGGACGGAACUGAUCUCGCAGAUCCGCACAAUCUACGACAACUAUGGAUUUGAUACCAAGAUUCUCGCGGCUUCGAUCCGUCAUCCCAAGCACAUGCUCGAGUGUGCGCUAAUUGGUGCUGAUGUGGCGACGGUGCCGCUGAAGGUGAUCAAGCAGUUGAUGCAUCACCCGCUCACGGACAACGGCUUGAAGCAGUUCCUUGAGGACUACAACAAGGAACUCGAUCUCCACUGGAACGUUGCGUGGGAGCGAUGCCACGCCCACGGCGGCGCGUGCGUGUUGUCCGAUGUCUUGUCCGAAGAUCUCGACAAGGAGGUCGGAGCAGCCGUUGGCGAUCUGGGGCUGGGCGCCGAAGUCUGGUGCAGCGGCGACGAAGACUCCGACUUUGACGACCUUGGUGACUUUGUCGAGAUUCCCGAUCGCGUCAUUCAGGGCGGCGAGUGCGUUGAGUGUGCACUGACGAGCGCAGGCGACGGCCGUUGCUUCUUCGACGUCGGUGGGGACGAUUCCUGUCGCGAUGAGUUUGCCUUCGCUGAUGGGGAUCUGUCCUGA